AGGGCGACAUUACACAAUUUUGUCCAGGCAUAAAUAAAUACAUAGGAGAACACUUGUUGUUUGCAUAAGUGGAGGUGGUCAAGAUGCGUACCGUGGUGAAGGUCGAUGUGACCAAGAGGGCAACGGAAGAGAAGCGUCCAAUUUUUCAUAAUCGUUGGCAUCCAGACAUCCCGGCCAUUGCGACGGUGAAGAGUGGCGAAAUGUUUAAAGUUGAAUGCUUUGAUUUCACGGGGGGCCAAAUGCUGAAUGACGACACAGUCGACGAUAUUUUAAACGUUGACCUGUCCGUGACGCACAUCUUGUCCGGCCCCAUCGCAGUCGAGGCGGAAGCUGGAGAUGCUGUGAAAGUGGAAAUCUUGGAUGUGCAGCCAUUUGAGGAGAAGAAUUGGGGGUACACGUGCAUCAUGGAUUUGGAACAUGGUGGGGGUGGCUUCAUGGAAGAUAUUAUGAAGGGACCGUGUAAAGCAAUUUGGGAUUUUGAAGGGAUUUAUGCAUCAAGUCGACACAUUCCUUGAGUCAGGUUUGCAGGAAUGAUCCACCCAGGAAUUGUUGGCACUGCUCCGUCCGCUGAACUCUUGGCAGAUUGGAAUCGUCGUGAACGUGAAUUGAUUUCUACGGCGCCCAAUCGUAAUCCCCCAUUUGCAUACCCGCCCCUAGUUAAGGGGACCAUGGCUGGUCAGGCGGAGGGAGUGUUGGCCAAGAAGAUUGCGGAAGAAGGGGCACGAUCCAUCCCUUCAAGGGAGCAUGGAGGAAAUUGCGAUAUCAAGAAUUUAACGAGAGGUUCGACCAUCUGGCUUCCGGUGUAUGUCAAAGAAGCCAAUUUGUCCUUUGGAGACAUUCAUUUCUCCCAGGCUGAUGGAGAAAUUGCAUUUUGCGGAGCCAUCGAGACCAUGGGUGUCGUCACGACCAGGGUUACCGUUGUGAAGGGGGGCGUUCAAAAGAUGGCGCUUAAAAAUCCUCUCUUCCUCACCAGCCCGGUGGAACCACGGUACUGGCGUUACCUCACUUUUGAGGGGAUUUCCGUCGACGAGAGUGGAAAACAGCAUUUCCUCGACCCUGCAGUUUCCUUUAGAAAUGCCGUCCUCAAUGCGAUGGCUUAUCUGCAAAAACUUGGAUAUUCUAAAGAACAGGCUUAUCUGAUCCUUACUGCUGCACCGAACGAGAGCAGGAUUAACAACAUAGUCGAUGUCCCGAAUUCCUGCGUGUCCAUCGCCAUUCCAACCGAUAUUUUCAGUUUCGACAUCACUCCUUCCGCCGAGGGACCGCAGAUGGCUCCAAGGGGAAAAUUAGCGCCAUGCGUGGGGGGCAAAAAAUAAUAAUCAAAAAAUCAAAAUCAGCAUUGAGUUUAAAAUUCACUGCCAAAGUGUGUCAACCAAUUUUAUAGUUGGAAUGUACGCAUGUAAAUAUUUAGAAAGUGAUUAAACUGAAAAAUUUCAAGAAAUUUGCAUCCAUUUGGCUCCAUUGAACUAAACUUCUAAGAAGGUUUUCAUGAAUGGCGGGCUACCGAUAAAUUUAUACAAUUAAUUCUAACUCAAGGAAUGUAUAUAUACCGUUAGAUCCAUGUAUUUAAAUAAUUCAAUAGAUUCUGAAUGAAUAAAAUGCUAAGCACGUUUCCAUGCACAAAUUGA